CACCGCCCCCUCCCCUCCUCCCUUCCCUUCCCCGCACCUCUGCCGCCCGCCCGGCCUGCGCGAGCUCUGAAGCUGCCGGCUCGCCAGAGACGCCAUGUACCGGCUCCUGUCAGCCGUGACAACCCGGGCCGCGACCCACGGGAGCUGCGCCUGGGGCUGCGGGCGGCGCGCAGCUCACCAGCGUGCCAGGCUGCCGCCGCUCGGCCCCGUCUGGGUCGGGGGCCUCGGGCUGGGUCUGGGACUGGCGCUCGGGGUGAAGCUGGCCGGCGGGCUGAGGGGUGCGUCCCCCGCGCCGCCCACCGCGGCCCCAGACCCCGAGACGCCGCCUCAGGCCGAGCCGCUGCCGCCUCAGGAGCAGCCCCUCGCCCAGUGGUCUCCGCAGACCCCGACGCCGCCGCACUCCAGGCGCUUUGCCAGAGCCAUCGACCGCAGCCGCGAUCUCCUGCACAGGAUCAAGGAUGAGGUGGGCGCACCGGGCAUUGUGGUUGGAGUCUCUGUAGAUGGAAAAGAAGUCUGGUCAGAAGGUUUAGGUUAUGCUGAUGUUGAGAAUCGUGUACCAUGCAAGCCAGAGACAGUUAUGAGAAUUGCCAGUAUCAGCAAAAGCCUCACCAUGGUUGCUAUUGCCAAACUGUGGGAAGCAGGGAAACUGGAUCUUGAUAUUCCAGUACAACAUUAUGUUCCUGAAUUCCCAGAAAAAGAAUAUGAAGGUGAAAAGGUUUCUGUCACAACAAGAUUAUUGAUUUCCCACUUAAGUGGAAUUCGUCAUUAUGAAAAGGACAUGAAAAAGGUGAAAGAAGAGAAAGCUUAUAAAGCCUUGAAGAUGAUGAAAGGGACUAUGGAAUCUGACCAAGAAAAAGAGUUAAAAGAAAAAGGAGGCAAAAGUAAUGAAAAGAAUGACUUUGCUAAAGCUAAGAUAGAGCAAGAUAAUGAAGCCAAAGGCCGCAAUUCAAAACCUUGCAAGAGAAAGAAUGAUUUUGAACAAGGCGAAUUAUAUUUGAAAGAAAAAUUUGAAAAUUCAAUUGAAUCCCUAAGAUUAUUUAAAAAUGACCCUUUGUUCUUUAAACCUGGUAGUCAGUUUUUGUAUUCAACUUUUGGCUAUACCCUAUUGGCAGCCAUAGUAGAAAGAGCUUCAGGAUAUAAAUAUUUGGACUAUAUGCAGAAAAUAUUCCAUGACUUGGAUAUGCUGACAACUGUGCAGGAAGAAAAUGAGCCAGUGAUUUACAAUAGAGCAAGAUUUUAUGUUUACAAUAAAAAGAGACGUCUUGUCAACACACCUUACGUGGAUAACUCCUAUAAAUGGGCUGGUGGUGGAUUUCUGUCUACAGUAGGUGACCUUCUGAAAUUUGGGAAUGCAAUGCUGUAUGGUUACCAAGUCGGGCUGUUUAAGAACUCAAAUGAAAAUCUUUUACCUGGAUAUCUCAAACCAGAAACAAUGCUUAUGAUUUGGACACCAGUGCCUAACACAGAGAUGUCUUGGGAUAGAGAGGGUAAAUAUGCAAUGGCAUGGGGUGUUGUGGAAAAGAAGCAAACAUAUGGUUCUUGUAGGAAGCAACGGCAUUAUGCCUCACAUACUGGAGGUGCAGUGGGUGCCAGUAGUGUCCUACUGGUCCUUCCUGAAGAACUGGAUGCAGCAACUAUAAAUAACAAGUUUCCCCCAAGAGGAAUAGUUGUUUCUAUCAUAUGUAACAUGCAAUCUGUUGGCCUCAACAACACUGCUUUAAAGAUUGCUCUGGAAUUUGAUAAAGACAGAUCAGACAUGCCUUAACAUCACAGGUGCAAAACGAGCCGUUAUGGUUUUGUUUUUAUUUGUUUGUUUUUUUGAAACAUUAAAGUCCCCAAAUACAUGAGAUUUUAAAGAAUAAAUUUGUAAUAGAGUAUAAUUGAAUGCAGAGAAUUGUGUACCUCUAAUUGCUUAAUUUUGUAAUUGUCUUUUAUUGUAAGAUGAAUUCUUUAUACUCAGGGAAGUAACUAUAUUUUUACUUUUUGAAAAAAGUGUUAAUUCUUGAAAUAAAAUAUUCUGAUAAAAAUGUA